AUGAAUGACUUUCCAAAUAGUGUGUCUGCAACACAUAUAGCAUCACCGUCAUGUCGGAUGCAGCUAUACUAUGGUCCUACCUCUCAUUUCUCUCUUAUGCAGCAUAUCUACCGAGAUCUCGUCUCCAAUCCUACCUCCCAGCCUGAACCCUCUGGCGGGGUCGAGGAAGCUGGAGCUGGCUUGGACUUGUUUAGCUUUCGUCGCAUUUUUUUCGGGACCCCAGACUUUCAUGAGAAUAACAAGUCCCUCGGGAAAGGGGAUUUGUCUAUGAUGUUCCUGCCGUACGACCUGGCUAAGCUUUUUCUGUCGCGAUUUCUCUCCAGCCUUUAUCAUCUGACGCCACUUCGCCCCAAGAUAUAUUAUGAGCAAUGUCUGGACAGACUCUACAACUCUUCGCCCGCAGACCAUCUAGAUGCUCUCACCCAAGCGAUCCUUCUCCUUUCCAUGGCAAGCGCGGCACUUGGCACGGAACAUUUUGCCUGGGGUGAUGUCCUGUUCGAGCGUGUCAAGGCUUCGUUGACCGCGUUUGAUGACGUGAAUGAACAAGGUCGGCCCAACUCAGUGUUCUUGCAUUUGGGUUCGGCUUCUCGCAAAGCCUUAUCAGCAGGUCUGCAUAAGGAUGUUCCCCAUGAUGUUGAUCAAACACCCGAAAACAUUGAAGAACGACGGGUAACCUUCUGGUCUCUUUACAUCUACGAAACCUGGUUCUGCUUUCACGUGGGACGCCCUAGCUCCCUUUCCCUUAAAGAUGUCGCAAUCGAGUAUCCACAGGAUCCAUUUAUUCGAUUGUUGGUGCAGCUUUGCAAAACCAUCACUCGAUCUGUUAAUGAGAUAUAUGGCCAGCGGCAUGAGUCUCUUCUGCAUAUGUGGAGAGUCGCUCGAUCCAUUGCAGUUGAUAUCCGUGGCCAUGAAGCACAUCUACAACAAGCCCUGGGCCUUGGGCUUGAUGAUAGCAUCCAGGCAGGAUCCCUUGGGGUUCGACAAAUAAUCUUCAUUACUCUAUACCAUCAUACCCUACUUCUCACAUUUCGCCCGUUCUUGAUAUUUCGCGGCCAUUGGCAGCGCGAGAGGAAUAUUGCACUCAACCAGUCUAGCACCAAUGCCACAAAUCUCCCCAGAGAAACGCCUUCUUGGCUCAACGAAGCCUGCAAUCAUGCCAUCACUGCCGCCCAAAAAACACUCCAUCUCUUAUGUGAAGCUUCAAGAGUCAAUAAUCUUGUUCUGGAAUUGCGAUACCAUGGGUACUUUUUCGGCAAUUCUGUAUUUACUCUCAUAUACGAGUUCAUUCACAACCCGAGUGUCGCGCCUGUCUAUCUGCCAUGGGUUUAUGCUUCAUUGCAAACCUUGUCAACCAUGCGAGCUGGGGACCCGAUCGCAAGCUCAAUUUCAGCCAUGCAGACCGUGCUUCGCAAUAUCAAUCCAUCGUACGAAUGGGUACCUCCAUUAGUAACAACUGGGGAUAACAUCGGGCCCCAAGGAGGGAUAGCGAUACAGCAAGGCCUCACCCCCGACCGCAGGCAUCGAUCACUGCUGAACAUCUCUGCAAUUCCUCAGAACCCGUCACUAGGCACCCGGCCUGGCAUACUGACAUCUCCUUGGAACCUUCCACAGGUGGAAAAGCUGGAAAACCCGGAAACCGGAGGUUCUGCGGGCUCCGGGGAAGACUUGCUUGAUUUCACUCAGUCUGACAUGGGCUGGGAUUUUGAUUUCUCUACCAUGGAUCUGGACGCGUUCUUUUCGGUUUAUCAAUCGAAUAAUGCCCCGGUCCUUUAA